AUGAGUCUACCCUGGUGCUAUUCCGAUGUUAUUCGAGCAUUUUUUUUCAAAGAUCUCAAGAUGUCAGCGGCAUCAUCGCCAUCAGCUUCAUCUUCAUCAUAUGACGAUGAAUGUUCCAAAGAAUGUUCUGUUUCAUUUACCUACGAUCCAAAUAACAAUAGUAAUAAGCUGAAAGAGAAUGAAAGUCAAGAAGAUGAUCUGAGUGAAUUGACAGAUUCUGUUUCAAGUCAACUUCGUUUGGUUGAUGAGCCACCCAAGCCAACAACCCAUGUAAAUGUUUCAAUGAAAGAUCUGACUACCAUUGUGACAAUCGGUACGGGUACAUUUGGUCGUGUUGAGCUGGCUAGACAUCAGGACAAUGGCCAACAUUUUGCUUUAAAAGUUUUAAAUAUGCAUAAAGUAGUACAAACACGUCAAGUUCAACAUGUUCACAGUGAAAAGGAGGUUUUGAAUAAGCUUCAGCAUCCAUUCAUCGUACAACUAUUUUCAACUGAUAAGGAUGAGAAGAACCUCUAUAUGAUUAUGGAAUUUGUUCCGGGUGGAGAGUUAUUCAGUUAUCUUCGUGCUUCUCGUGUUUUUUCGAAUUCUAUGAGCAGAUUUUAUGCGGCUGAAAUCGUUUCUGCUCUCGACUACAUUCACUCAAAAAACAUUGUUUAUCGCGACUUGAAGCCUGAAAAUCUGAUGUUAACGAAGGAGGGUCAUAUCAAGAUGGCUGACUUUGGUUUUGCCAAAGAGUUGAAGGAUAGAACAUACACAUUAUGCGGAACUCCCGAAUAUCUUGCACCGGAAUCUCUCUCGAACAAAGGGCAUAAUAAAGCAGUUGAUUGGUGGGCGCUUGGUGUUCUGAUUUAUGAAAUGAUGGCCGGACGUCCACCAUUCCGUGGAAAAACAACAACAGAAAUUUAUGAUCGGAUUAUUGAACACAAGCUGAAGUUUCCACGAAGUUUCAACUUAGUUGCCAAGGAUUUGGUUAAGAAACUCCUGGUUGUUGAUCGAACACAGCGGAUCGGAGCCAUGAAAAACGGUGCACGAGAUGUGAUGGAACACAAGUGGUUCCAAAAAAUAAAUUGGAAAGAUCUCAACGAAAUGCGUUUAGAGCCACCAAUUGUGCCAACACUUUAUCACUCAGGAGAUACAGGAAAUUUUGAUACCUACGAUGAGAAUAAUGGACCCAGCCCUGUGGUACCUCAGAGGGAAAGAGAUCUCUUCGCUGAUUGGUAA